AUGUCCCACAGCAAGCAGUUUACCCUUUAUACACACCACAGAGGACCCAAUGGAUGGAAGGUUGCCUUCGUCUUGAAAGAGCUCGGUCUGACAUACGAGAGUAUUUACCUCGACUUUCUAAAGAACGAACACAAGGCCCCCGAGUUCACCAAGUACAACCCGAACGGACGUAUUCCCGCCUUGAUCGAUCAUCACAACAAUGACUUUGUCGUCUGGGAGUCGAAUGCCAUCAUCCUUUACCUCACCGAGAAAUACGACACGGCGCACCGCAUUUCUGCAUCUACAUUAGAAGACAAGACAAUCGAGCUCCAGUGGCUAUUCUUCCAGGCCUCUGGUCAAGGACCGUACUUUGGGCAGGCAACGUGGUUCACCUUUGCCCAUCCAGAGAAGGUUCCCAGCGCAGUUGAGCGAUACCAGAAGGAAACCGCCCGCGUGAUCGGUGUCCUCGAGAGCGUUCUUUCCAAGCAGGAGUGGCUAGUCGGCGACAAGUAUAGCAUCGCUGACAUUUCCUUCAUUCCGUGGAACUGGGUGGCGUUCACCUUGAUCCUGAACAACGUAGAAGGUGUCAAUAUUGAGAAGGAUUUCCCGUAUUUCUAUGCCUGGCAGCAGAAGCUAAUGGCGAAAGAUGCGGUAAAGAGUGUAUGGGCAGAGAGGACGGCCUUGAAUCCUGAUGCUGGCGUAACUGGCUUCACUGUGCGAGCAACGCGUUGAUACAGCGAGUGUAAUGUAGAACGGGCGAAGAUGCGCCGACUUUGCAGUGCUGCGAACAGUCAUGAGCGAAUCAAUUUUUA